UGCUCUUGGUCGAGUAGUUCCCUCUCCUCUCUCUGAUUCUUCUGCUUCUCGGUCUAGCUAGCUAGCUCGGUGCCUCGGCCAACCGGGCGUCGCGCGCUGGCCGGCCUGCCAGGCAAGCAACAAUGGCAGAUUCAGGGGAGGGGCGUCGGGUGUGCGGCAUGCCGGAGAAGGCGCAGCUGCACGUGGCGAUGCUGCUGCUGCAGUUCGGCUACGCGGGCUUCCACGUGGUGUCGCGGCUGGCGCUCAACAUGGGCAUCAGCAAGCUCGUCUUCCCCGUCUACCGCAACAUCAUCGCGCUCUGCCUGCUCGUGCCCUUCGCCUACUUUCUGGAGAAGAAGGACAGGCCGCAGCUGACCCUCAACUUCGUCGUCCAGUUCUUCCUUCUCGCGCUCUGCGGCAUCACGGCGAACCAAGGGUUCUACCUUCUGGGCCUGGACAACACGUCGCCGACGUUCGCGUCCGCCAUCCAGAACUCGGUCCCGGCCAUCACCUUCGCCAUGGCCGCGGCGCUGCGGAUCGAGAAGGUCCGGCUGGACCGCCGCGACGGCGUGGCCAAGGUGGCGGGCACGCUGGCGUGCGUGGCGGGUGCGUCCGUCAUCACGCUCUACAAGGGCCCCACCAUCUUCGGUCCCAGCGGCAGCGGCGGCGGCGGCGGCCUCGAGCUGGCGGCGGUGGGCGGCGACAAGAACUGGACGCUGGGGUGCGUGUACCUGAUCGGGCACUGCCUGUCGUGGUCGGGCUGGCUGGUGCUGCAGGCUCCCGUGCUGAAGAAGUACCCGGCGCGGCUGUCCGUCACCUCCUACACCUGCUUCUUCGGUGUCAUCCAGUUCCUCGUCAUCGCCGCCUUCAUGGAGAGGGACGCGGAGGCCUGGAAGUUCCACUCCGGAUCCGAGCUCUUCACCAUCCUAUACGCCGGGUUCAUCGCGUCCGGGGUGGCGUUCGCGGUGCAGAUCUGGUGCAUCGACCGUGGGGGCCCGGUGUUCGUGGCGGUGUACCAGCCGGUGCAGACGCUGGUGGUGGCCAUCAUGGCGUCGCUCACCCUGGGCGAGAAGUUCUACCUGGGGGGCAUCAUCGGCGCCGUGCUCAUCGUCGCCGGCCUCUACCUCGUGCUCUGGGGCAAGAGCGAGGAGAGGGCGCGCGUCGCCAGGGACGCCGUCUCCGGCGGCGACCGCGAGGGGCUCCUUGUCGCGGCCGCCGCCGGAGGUGGUGGCGGCGGCAUCGUCAGGAGCGCCGGCAAUAAGGCGGCGUCGGCCGCGACGCAGCCUCUCCUGCUGCCGUCCUCCACCCCCACUGACAACGUCUGACCGAUCCAUGGAUGGAUGAAUCGUCAUCCAUGCUUGCCUUUGGUGCGUGGAGAUCUGAGGCAGCAUGCAGAAUUACCAGUUAUUAGUCAUUUCUUUGAGGUUUUCCUUGUUGAUUUUCACGCAUGUAUGUAUGCUGCUACCUACGUGUACGUACGUACGUAUAUGCAUGCAUCACUAUGGUUGUUACGCCUUUGAUCACAAGACAACUACGUAGCUAGGAUCGUCGGAGUGUGUUGACGACGUUUGGUAUGUGCAUGCGCAAUGCCUCAUCACAGGAGGUGUGUAAUAAUAUUAGUUUGCAGGUAUAAUUAUGCGUUUUAUUAA